GACCAUGUCAUUGUAAGUAUACAAGCAGUGCUGAGCUUCGCAAGUGCCGUGUGUGUGACUUCGUGGUUUAUUUACCAACCACCCAGCGUCCCGAACUAGCCAAACUCAGCGUAUAAUCGUUGCCGUGGCGCGCUCCAGCCUGCCGGUGAUGGAUGUGGAGCAGCACCAGUCCAGGACUACUUCCCAGCCGACGGAAGACGACAAUGUUAUCUUUGUUGAACAAGAAAAACCGCUGGGAUUGGUUCGGAGGAAAUGCAUCAUGUGCUUGCUACCUUUCGACGAGCUGGGAUCGAUCGAAACCGAGUCACCGGAAGAGCUGAAGCGAAUCGUGGACAAUGUGUACAAAAUAGCCAAGAUCGAGAUAACCCCCUCUAAUGGCAAAAUCGGACCCCUCUGUGGUAGCUGCCGGGCAAAACUGGGCUACAACUUCGAUGAGGAUGCGUACUACGAAAUGCUGAGUAAAAUGUACAGCGAAACGGGCGCACCCAACCACCCCCCACUGGGCAUCUUACCAUUGAUGGUACCCAGGGGGCAGCAGCCACCUGGUUCAGAGCAAUCCGAUUUUCCCUCGCCGGGUAGCCCACUGUUGGAUGCUGCCUGCGGUACGUUUGUCGUAACUGAGAUGGGCCGAGACGAAUCAGAAGCCUCCUCGGACCUGAAGUGUGUCAUCUGUUCCAAGGUGUUCAACUUCAAGUCCACACUUCGGCUACAUAUCCGCAGCCACCACAACAGCACCAACCUCCGGGAACCGGAACCGCACAAAAUUCCACGCAAACCGCGAUUGUACGAAUGCAUCGAGUGCAAUCUGAGCUUCAAGCUGAAGUACGACUACGACAAACAUCAAGCCAUGCACAAUCGAGCAAAUCUGUUCCAAUGUGAUACUUGCUACAAACUAUUCAAACACAAAUCCUACUAUCUGAUGCACCGGAAUGCAAAACGAUGCAAGGCGAUGCCACUGAACUUGAGUGCCGACGGGAUCGGAAGCAUCGUUCGAAGUCAAACGGGUCGGACCCUCAGCGAUGGUAUCCGGAAUCCAAGCUAGAAAGAUUUAUCAAGCAUGUAAAAUUCUUCUUACGAACGAAACAAACUUCCUUCGUUUUUGCCAUAACUAUCAUACACACACAUUAUAUGUACGUGUUUUUAACAAUUAUUAGCGAUAGUGGUUACUAAUAGAUGUACUUGAUGCCGAACGGUGUACGAGUGGAGUCGAAUCGAUACCAAAUUGGCCAUGUUCCUCCGAUCUAGUCCGGAAUUGUCUUACGACAAAGUUUUUAUUUAUGUUAAGCUUGUUUUUGUUGAUAUAUUUAUUAUAUGUUUAUCUUAUCCGAAAUUGUACAGCACCGAAUUAUUUAUUUCAAACGUGCUGAGAACGCACACAACUCCACCCGAAACGUUACGGCAUCAAACAAAUCGGAUUCUGGUCUCUUCGUUUUAGUCAAUAAUCUUGUAAACGAAUGUUUAAUCAAUACCAACAGCUGCAUAAAACAAUAGAACCCGGCACUCGGUAGAUUUAACCGCAACCAAACACUUCUAAUAGCCCAUACGUCAAAUUAUAUCAACAAUGCUCUAUUUAUACAUAAUUCUCUUCAAAAUUCCUAUGUAUGUGAAAGGUAAACUAAUUCAAACUAAUGGUAUUUGACUUCUUGUUGGUUAAGAUGGAACUAAACACAACAGCAACCGGAAAUACUAAACGAACGGAUAUGCAAUUCCUAAAAAAAAAUAAACAAACGAACCUAUUUGCAACAUUUCUAUAGAUGGGACAGCCAAUGUUACAGUGUGUGAAAAGGAAGAAAUACGGAAAUGUGUUACUUGUGAUGAAACAAAUUGUGAAAACCAAAAAUAAAACAGAAAACUACAUUUAAAAAGUACGCUAGAAAUUAGGAUCCUACAUUUUAUCUUCAAUGAAAAUAAAAAAGUGAUUUUUACAAACCA